CAUACGACUAUGGCCUCACGGAGCCGAUGUCGUCUUAUUCGCGUUAUCCUUUGUAGUGAUCGCAUCGUCAAGCCCGUUAAAGUGGCACGCGAACGUAUGUGAUUAAUGUUACAGAGCCGCACACAUCAAAAUAAAUAUUAGAUGGACGCACUGACUUUUAAACAAAGUUUCCGAUUUCCGGCACCGGAACACUCGUUAAGUGUGCAAAUAAAAUGAAUUAACAAAUGAAGUGAACAAAGGAGGGAUUGUAGAGUUGGAAGGGAGACGUCGAAACCCCGAUGUAGUCGAGGCCGCCGCAAUGGAUCACUGGGUGACGGCAGCGAGCUCCCUGCUGGGUAUCCUGCUGUACUACAACACACUGAACGCCGGCUUUGUUUAUGAUGACAGGCGGGCGAUCCUCUCCAACCCAGAUGUCAUCGGGCAUACACCAAUAAAAGCUUUAUUUGAGAAUGAUUUUUGGGGAACGCCGCUCAGCGACAAAGGAACGCACGGCUCGUAUCGACCUUUAUGCGUCGCCACAUAUCGCCUGAACUACGCGUUUAGUGGGCUCAAGCCGUGGAGUUAUCAUUUUUUCAAUAUCCUGUUCCAUUCAAUAGCGACGGCGCUAGUAGUAACAACCGCCCGACGGUUAAUGCCACCUCAUUGUAUAAAAGUUGGAACGGCGGUCGCCGGUUUGAGUUUCGCAGCUCAUCCAAUACACACAGAAGCCGUCGCAGGCGUGGUCGGAAGAGCCGAUUUGGCCGCUUGCAACUUUUUUCUUCUCAGUUUUUUGCUCUACACUGAACAUGUACGACUACGUAACAAAAGGCACAAAAGACAAUGUCGUCGUGUUAUCAAAAAUGCAAUAUGCCACCAGUUGACAUCCAGCGAUCAAAACUUUGGAUUGAGCUGCCAUGGGCUUAUGCAACAAAUAAUUAUGAACGUGCGAAGGCUUCUUAAAGCAGGUGAAGCGGGACCUUUCGAAAUGUUAAAUGCUUGUGAAGUUGGUGCCGAAGAGCUGAAACUCAAUAAGUGUCAGUGCAACGCAUGUGUUAGUGAAGAUUCGGGUGAACUAUUACAGUGGUGUACAUUAGCAGGGACUUUUUUAUGCGUUAUCGCGGCUACUCUUUGCAAAGAGCCGGGUAUUAUGGUAGUUCCACUCUGCAUAUUUUACGAUUUCCUUAAAGAGACACCAGAAGAAAAAGGCUAUUCAAAGUAUCGAUGGCGAAGCGUCUACGCGCUAGGCAUUGGAAGCCUCGUACUUUUAUGCUGGAGGCUGAGAUUAGUUAAUGAGACGAGUGACUUUGCGUCGGCUGAUAAUCCCGCUGCUAAGGACCCAUCCAUAUUUACGAGAUUUUAUACCUUUACCUUCCUUCCAGUUUUUAAUUUUUAUCUCCUAGUUAACCCUGUUCGAUUAAGCUUCGAUUGGUCCAUGGACUCGAUACCAAGAAUAACGUCAUUAUUCGACGUAAGAAAUAUUUGCUCACUAGUUUUCUACGCUGUUAUAUCAAAAGUAACGUGGAAAGCAUUAUCAAACGAGCUGAGAAUGCAGCAAGAGAGAAAAGAAAAAUAUUACAAGAACCAAAACAAUAAAACAAAAAAGAAAUGGAACUAUAAUUGUAAACACUACAACAGGCGACACGGUUCUGCAUCCGAGAGAAAGAGUAUUAUACCGCAUAAAGAAAACGCUUCGUUCAAGAGAACGAUGUGUCCCUGCAACGCCUGUAAGCACACAGUCACAGAAGAGCACACAAACUUGUGUCGAGCUAUUAACAAUAAUAACACAAUGAUGAACCAUUCAACUUGCGUGUGCCAUGUAGCACACAAAAAAUCUAAGACACACAAUACGCCAAAAUAUAUGAACCGCAGUCCUAGAGUUGCAAUGUUAUUAUUCACGGCGUUUAUGGUGCUACCGUUCGUGCCAGCUAGUAAUAUGCUCUUUCCCGUGGGCUUCGUAGUGGCGGAGCGAGUUCUGUAUAUACCUAGUGUUGGAUUUUGCUUUUUACUCGGCCUGGGCGCGGGUACUGUUACGAGAAAUUGGAGGCGACAUGAAACGCGCAGUCGAAUAUUUAUGCUGGCUCUAUUGACGACGCUACUUGCUAUGAGCACUGCGACAAUACGGCGAAAUAUAGACUGGUAUAACGAAGAAAAUCUCUUCAGAAGUGCUCUAGACAUAAAUCCACCUAAAGCGUAUGGGAAUCUCGGUAGUGUCCUGUCAACACAAGAAAGAAACUCCGAAGCGGAAAUAGCAUUCAAGAAAGCACUAGAAUAUCGACCGAACAUGGCCGAUGUCCAUUAUAAUCUAGGAAUCCUGUAUCAAAAACAAAAGAGAUACGGAGAAGCUAUCAAAAGUUUCGAGAGUGCAAUCCACUUUCGCCCUUCCCUGGCACUGGCAUAUGUGAAUCUGGGAACUUCGCUGAUGGAAGACGGUCGCUUGGCGGAAGCCGUGAGCGCGUUGCGAGCUGGAUCACGCGCGGACGGUCAGUUCGUCAGGGACCGGCGCGAACACGACAACGCCCGAGUGUCUGCACUAGUGCAGCUAGCCUCCCUCCAUUCGCAAAAGGGGCACUGGCACAAAGCUCUCUCAGCUUACAAGGAGGCACUGCAAAUAUUGCCCGACACGAAUGCGCCAAUUGUCGGCUGGACGCGACACAAUGUGCUAUCAAUGGCCAGUGUGAUACAUAUGCAACUGAAUCAGUGGCCUCAGGCGGAAUACCACAUCCAGUCUGCAUUGGCUCUAAAUCCGGGACACGCGGAAACGCACGUGUCACUCGCAAAGAUUGUAGCUAGAAAUGCAAGCAGAAGUAUGGAGGCAGAGCUAUGGUUUAGAAAAGCAAUAACUUUAACGCCUGAUGACCCAUCAAUCCGAGACCAAUUUGGUGAGUUCCUGAGAUCACAAGGCCGGCUACGUGAGUCCGCAGAGCAGUUUGUGUAUGCUGCCCGGCUGUCACCUACCGACAGCGUUCGCGCCGCGUCGGCAGCGUUGGCUCUUAGAGCAGCGAAUCGCGGCCGUGCUGCCGAGCGUUGGUACGCCCGAGCAGCAGAAUUAGAUCCUUAUAAUGCUGCAUACCACUCAAACCUUGGUGCAAUUUUGCAUCAAAACGAAAAAUACAAGGAAGCGGCCACUUCAUACUAUCGCGCCUUACAGUUGAAACCUAACGACGAAAUCACUAUCAUAAACAUCAAGAGGGUGAGAGCUGCAAUGAGCAAAGCAAACGGUAAAAGUAAUGUAUCAUGAAAUAUAGGAUGUCAAUUGCCAAAGUUUAGAUUUAGAGCUGAAUUACGAGUUAUAUAAUUUUUAGCUUUGGUCA